GCCCUGAUCAAAGAUCCGAUUUUGAAGAAACCCCAGCACUCCCUCGCCUUGGUGGAUCGUCUGGAGAUUGGUUUACACAAAGGAGGGAGAGGAUGCCGCCGGUCAGUGGACUGAUCCCCGCUCGGUUCCUGGUCCUCACGGCUCACCUGGUCAUCGUCAUCACCAUCUUCUGGUCCAGGGAGAACAAUGUCCGCGCUUCCCUCCCUCUUCAGUGCACGCAAGAGGAAUUUGACCACAGAGACACCGAGAUGGUGGUGGCGUUGUCCGUAACCCUUGGGCUGUUUGUGGUGGAGCUGGCCGGCUUCCUCUCCGGAGUGUCCAUGUUCAACAAUGUGCAAAGUCUGCUUUCGUUGGUUGCCCACUGCAGCGCCUCCAUCUGCCUCUCAUUCUUCGUCUUUGAGCGUUGGGAGACGGUCACGUACUGGUACAUCAUGGGUUUUUGCAGUGCCUUACCGGCUGCUGUCGAGAUCUUCCUGUUCAUCUCCGUCUUCGGACUCAAGAAGAAGCCACUGUGAAAAGGACAACGAGGGCGACGGCCUCUGUCCAGAUGAGACCUCUCGUUCGAAUUAUCCCAGUGCAGAGGGAACUCCAAAAGAGCACGAGAUGGAGAUCAAAUGUCCUUCCCGUAGGACUAUCACCUGUCCCUGGUUUUCAACUCCAUCUUUGCUCACUCCUCCACGGACAAAAAAGCAGCUGGGUCUUCAGCAGAGGUUGGAUUCCUUCCGUGGAAACCUCUUAAUAUUGUAUCCGUGAUGGCAUCCUAUAUUUCAUCAAGAGUAGUAUUUACUAACUGUGGCAGCUUUCAGAUGGAAGCUUCUUGGA